AGCAUAACAGUAUCCACUGCCUUCUAAACGAGUGACAGUGGUUACCGCCUUCUUAGCUGAUUGAGUGAAAACAGCUGUUGCAGUGAGAGUAGUUGACUGUUGGCUGUUAAGUAUUGUGUUAGUGUGCGGUGAGAGGAGUUGUAUAUUUUGAAUUUAGGUUGUGGUUGUGUAACAAGUGUAAACAGAUGACAAAAUGACCAGUACAAAUUCGAGAGAAGUGAAAUAUAUUUACCAACUACCAUACUAUGAACACAAAGAGCUGUGCCGUUUGUUGGAUCACAAUGACAAGUGGGAAGAGCUUGGUGGAAAACAUAUGAAUUUUGACAUGAUGACAAUCCAUGAAUUACGGAGAUUUUUUGUAAGAGGUUUGUCACCUUCUGAGGAACUGCUCAACAGAUGGGGUCACCAAAACCAUACUAUACUGGAACUGUUUGCUCUGCUGUCAAAAAUGUGUUACUACAGAGCAAUGAUGAUCUUGAAACCAUUUGUUGAUCCACAGUACCAUCACUUUAUAUAUGAAGGAGAGCAGUUUCUGGACUUAACUGAACGUGCCAAGUACUUGGAGGAAUUAAAAAACAAUAAAUCAAAUGUGCCAGUCUUAUCACCUUCUGUUGUUCCUCAAGCAAAUUCCAGUGUUGCUGACAAGGACUUGCAUGUUGGAAUUCAUAACCUGAAUCUUCCAUCUGAGGCAGCUAGGAGGCCUGCAUCCAAACUUAUCUUCCCACCUACCACUUCAUCCCCAGAAGCCAAAGCACCAAACACAGUAGUGCAACGAACAGAACAAUCAGGAAACAUCUCCAAUGACAACAAUGAAUAUGCUACUGUGGAAGCAGGUGCUGUCAAUGCAGGCAGCCCAGCUGUGAACACGCCUGCUGCACCUGAAGUUGCUGCAGCUGCUGAGCCAGAGAAUAAGGACAGCAAUGUUCCAGGGAUAAAUACGCAGCGCAAAAUGUCCAAUGCUUCAGAUGUGUCAUCAAUUGCUGAAUCCUGUGGCACCAUACCUGAUAUUCCAUACAAAGAGCUGAUGGUUGCUACAAACGGUUGGGACAAACAUACAAUUCUUGGAAAGGGUGGAUUUGGAACAGUGUUUAAAGGAAUAUGGAAAAAUACACCUGUAGCAAUCAAAAGACUUGAACAGAGAACAGAAUCUGAUGAGAGUUACCAGGCUCAGAUCGAGCAAUCAUUGCGUGAGCUGAGAGUUCUGAAUGCAUGCCGACAUGACAACAUAUUACCUAUUUAUGGCUUCAGCAUGGGUGGAGAUGAGCCUUGUCUUGUGUACCAGUACAUGCCUAAUGGAUCUGUUGAAGAUCGUCUUCUUUGUCGAAAUGGCACUCCUCCACUGUCAUGGGAUCAGCGUCACAAUAUUGCUGAAGGGACGGCAAGAGGUCUUCAGUUCUUGCACAACAACAAAAAACCAUUUAUCCAUGGUGAUAUAAAGAGUGCCAACAUACUACUGGAUACCAACUUUGAACCGAGGAUUGGUGAUUUUGGGCUUGCACGUGAUGGUCCACAGGGUCAUUACACUCAUAUGAAAGUGAGCCGAGUCCAUGGUACCCGCCCUUAUCUGCCUGAUGAAUUCCUGCGUUCAAAACAAAUUUCCACAAAGGUUGAUACAUACAGUUUUGGAAUUGUUCUCUUUGAGCUGGCUACUGGUCAAAGAGCAUACGAUGAGUCGAGGCAGAAAAAAUUUUUGAAAGACCAUGUGGAGGCGUGUGAAGAUCAACAGAUCCUCACAUUAGCUGAUAGGAAAGCAGGCCCUUGUGAUCAGGCAACAUUUCUAGAACUGGUGGAGCUGGGCAAACUGUGUGUCCGCAAGCGUGCAAAAGAUAGACCUGAAAUGGAAGAAGUAUUGAAGCAGCUUGAAGGCAUGUCUAAUCGAAGACGUAUUGCAUCACGUGCUCAGAAUAUGGUUCGCCAGUUGACACCUUCAACCCCUUACGAGUUGCAACUCCUGCACGACAUCUGCAGCCAACAGCGCCGCAUGUCCAGCCCGUCAGCCAGUCCUGCUGCUUCCCCUCAGCCGUACGCCGUGCCUGAUUUGACCCCUGGAGCUCCAAACUUGCCUUUUAUUUCCCCACUGUAUCACCUCCAUCAGCAGCAGCAACAGCAACAGGUGUUACCACAGCAACAGCAAAUUCCUGGGGGAUUGGCAUCUCCUGUGCUGGCCAACAAUCGAUUUUUUGAUGUGGUCAGUAAUGGGAAUGCCCAAAAAAUGAAUGUACAUCCUGAGGAUGAAAACAGACUAGUGUACAAUAUUCAGAGGAAUGUACCAUCUCCUCUUCCUUAUGAAGGGAACUUCAAUAACAUUGUUGAAACAGCUGUUCCAAAUGAAAUGAAAUUGAAUGGUGUUGUUGACUCAGUCAUCCUCAACACACCCAGGAAGCAAAAUGUCCACCCCAAUAGUGGUGGCAGUAUAAAUCCAUUUCAGAUGAAUAGUUUGCAGAAAGCAGUGAAUUUAGUAGCAAAUGGUGCAGCUGAUAAUUUGAAUAUUGAUGGGCAAAUUUUGAAUUUGCCUAGUCGUCCAACUGUGCUUCCUAGCUUGAUUAAGACAUCUGCAGAGUCUGUUGCAUCACACCUUGGACAAAAUGACUUUGGACUGCCAUUGACAAUUCCAGCUGCUGCACCACUGAUAGCCGUUACACCACCAACAGCCAGCUCUUUCUCCAAGCAUAUACCAGUUGCCGAAGAAUCCGCAACUCAAAAUAACAGUAAAUCAGAAAAGGUAGAAGAGAGGGAUGCUGUGCUAGUAGUAAACAAUUUCGCACCUGGAGAGGCAAGUGUUGGUGGCCUGCCGUUACUCUCUGCACUUGGAAUUAAGAAUGAAGAUAACAUCAGAAGUGACAGUAACAAUGCAGACAGUUCCAGUGUUAAUGAAAGCACACACAUGUUGUGAUAACACUGCCGUAAUAACAUACUGAACAUCUUUCCAUAACUGUUAAUAGUAUGUAUUUGACAUUUAUGCAGCAGAUUCCAUUUGUUAAUAUUAAUAUUAAAUUUAAUUUUUCAGAGAGUGUAGAGGCUUGUCCUAUUUAAGUAUUAUGUAUGAACCACACACAAAGGUCAACAUUUUAAUGUGAUGAAGGAUCAGGAAUAGUUUUAUUCCACCAAUUUCUGAUAUUUCGACUCAGUUUUAGGCUAUCUUUGCCUGCAUGAUGACAGAUAGUGGGAGGGGUGUUAAUCAGUCAACCAGCAUUUACCAAUUUUGUCACUUCAAUGCAGAUUUAUGGAAGGUGGACAGAAUCUUCUGGACACUAAGAAACAAGCUUUCAUAUAGAAACUCUUAAGCACAUGCAACGGAAAUAAGUGGGCUCAAGGUAGUUUUGUAUACUAUCAUGUUUUCUCUCUGUGCCUUCAUUUUACUUGGCAGCUUUAAGGUAAAAAUGAAUUGUCAUGAAGUUACUAUGUGAAUGGUUAGCUAACCAUGUUUUCUCCCCAAGCAUUCAUUUAGUCCUGUGACAUGUUAGUUCUCAUACUUGGCACCAUAAAAUUUGGUUGAAAUGUUCGUGAUUCUCAUUUUAUAGGAACUAGUAUAGUUUCACUGUCUGCCCCCAUAGCUGAGUGGUCAGCAUGAUGGAUUGGCAUCCUAGGUGCCUGGGUUCGAUUCCCAGCUGGGUCGGGGAUUUUCUCUGCUCAGGGACUGGUUGUUGUGUUGUCUUCAUCAUCAUUUCAUCCCCAUCCUGUGCGCAGGUCGCCCAGUGCGGCGUCGGAUGUAAUAAGACCUUCACCAAGGCGGCCGGACCUGCCGCACAAGGGGCCUCCCGGCCAAUGAUGCCAAACGUUCAUUUCCAUUUUCACUGUUCACAGUUUACAAAAUUUGAAAUUAAUCUAUCUGGAAACUGUAUCUGUGAAUUUUGUUGUAAUUGUCUGCUGUUUUUCCCUUAACAGUUUCAGAGAGGGCCAUCUCAGAAGCAGAGAAUGUAAGUUUCACUUUCAUAAUGACAAACCUGUCUCUUCAUGUUUUACAUUGUAAGUACCAAGAUUGAAAAUGAUUUGCAAAAUUACUGAAAGCUCAAAUGUCUCUAGUAAUUGAAGCAGUAAUUGUUUCUCCAAGGUGAAGUUGUUGUUGGUGGCUGUUAUGUACUGGGAACUGUAUAAUCACUUAUUUUUCACAAAAGCCUCAAAACAUGAUGGAAAAAAAAGAAAGAAAUCUUAUAAUGGCUCUGUCUCUACACUACAGUAUCAUUUGAUCGUGAAUAAAAUUAAAUUUUUAUCAUCUUAUAAUGUGCUUCAUACAAGCAAAGAUACAGUUUUGUCAAUUCUAUCACUACAAACAGGCUAAUGAAAUUAACAUCCCUUAAACUUCCAAGCUGGUAGACUGUGCACAUCUUCAGAGCCAAAGUGGUGAACUUUACCUUUGGAGAUGUCUCCGGCAUUUAGAGAGGAAACGUUAGGAGAAAGGCCAUGGCUUGUCAGCCCGGAAGUUUUGAGUGAUGCCAGUACCAGUUGUGAAAGUUUACAUUGUAUAGUAAAAUUAAUCUAAAGUUAUAAUACAUAUGACGUUACAUAUAGACAGAUACCAUUUUAAAUGGUUAUUCAAGAAAUCUUCUACUUUAUAAUAGAAAUUACUUUUCAUUUAUUUUUCCAGGUCUGUUUCAGUAUUUUUUGAAUUUGGUUCACACUUUCUCUUCCUUAUUUUGGGAGAAGUCUGUGACUUGUUUUUGAGUAGAGAGCAGAGAAAUGAAAAUUUGUGCGUGGUACAUUGCAUCAGUUGUGCUUUCUGAUUCUGUGAGAACUUAACAUCAUUAUUAUCAUUUUUCUUUUUCCUUUUAGUGCCAUUAGACACCACACCAAGUAACUAUAAGGAAUUUCUGGAAGCCUUUUUUGCUUUGGCCACCUGCCUUCUCUUGUCUUUCCAGCUGUGAUUUUGCUUGUAAGCCCUUACAAUUGUUGAACAGUGAUCUGUACUUCGAUCAAUUAUGGAUGUCUUCCUGAUUCAGUCCAUUACUCUUGAGGUCCUUCCUCAUUGUCUUGAAUCAUUUAUUGGAGACUUUGCAGUCUUGGAACUUGACAUGUUGCCCAUCAUAAAGCAUGAUUAGAAGUGGAAAUAAAUAAUAGAAAAACAAAUAAAUCCUAAGGCUAUAUGAGUAUUGAAGCUUGUAUCAUUGCAAUUGUACUUUGACACUUACCCAGUCAGUCGCCGAGCCACAUGCAAUGCAUUCUAAGUACAGAGAUUUAAAAAUUUUCCUGUUAAAGUGGUGCUUUAAUUUGGCAAUGUAUUUCAUGUUAUAACUGUUUGCAUAAAAAUACUUGUCAGAGUGGUAGAAAAAACUGUGUUUGUUGUUGUUCUGACACAGUAUGUAUUGUAAUUCGUAUCUCCUGUUCUAGAUAUUCCAUUCCUUUCCUUUCUUCCUGUUGUUUCUUAUAUUACAUUUGUAUGAAAAUUUGACCACACAGCUUUUUGCGGGAGAUAUGAAAGCAUUUCUUAAAUUCAUGUCACUUAUUAAUUUUUUAUGAUAUGUAUCUGUUUCAAAAUUUGUUUUUGUAUAAAGGGAAAAUUGUUAACAGGAUAUUUUUGCCAUGUAUUAACAUUCUUUGAGAGGAAAGAAGUCUAGGUAGUGUGGAGUAAGAGAAGAUGUAUCGUAGAGGCCCAGAAGCUGUCUCUUUCAUUUAUUUUAGCUGUUCAUUAUAAGAAUGAAGUGGAGAUAAGGAAUAUGUUGUCAGAAACUACAUGUUGCUUUUAGGCAUAAUCAUAAUUAUUUACAAAAAUGAGAAAAGUUUGAUAAUGGUGGUUAAUGGGUAAAUAUAUGGACAAGAAAAGCUAUCUACAGCAAACACAGCAUAACUGUUAAAUAGGUGUGAAUUAAAUUGACAGUUUUUGUCCUCUUUACUUUGUGUGUUACAAGGAGAGUACAAGUGAUUUUAGUACUGAAGCUAAUGUGCCUGUUCUAUGCACAGUGAAUUUAAAUUUUGAACUAAAAUAAUAUUUUAGAUGAAGUGAAACAUGGGUAAUUGUAGAGUGAAUCUCUAAACGCUGUGCUCUUUCUCCUUGUUUCUGAUGAUGCUAAAGAUGUGAUCUCCUCCCAGUAACUCUUAAAAUUGAUUGAUUAUUAUGUACAUAUUUUUACAAACCAGUUAUAAUGAAGAGGAGAGAAGAAAGGCAAAUAGAUUUUAGAAAUUUCUAUUUUUAGAGAAAGAUUUUAUAUAUUAUUAAAGAAUUGAGUGAAAUGAUUUUCAAGAGCAAAUGUGAUAAUUAUAAUGCUUGCUUAAAGUCUGCAUACUGUUUUGUUAAAGAAGCUGAGCAUAAUGGAGAUAAGAACUCUAUUUUAUAUUAUACUGUUAUUGUGGUUAAGAAGAGGAUUUAAAAACAUAUAAUGCCACAUAGUGAGGAAAGAUUUAUAAGAAAAAAGCAAAAUAAAAGAAAACGAAAAACAUUUCUGUGUUAAUGCUAGUCUUACUUUUAAGGGAAUUGUAAUAUCAAAUGUUAGAUAUUUUUGAGAAUAUAUUUUAAUAUUAAUAGUAAAAUUUUUGUAAUAUUUGUCAUUGAAGCAUGAAGCUGUUUGAUGAAUAAAAGACUAUUUCCAUUAA